ACGAGCACAAUGAGGGCGGAACUGAAACAGGCCCAGAGAAACGACCUGGAGAAACUCGCUACCGAAAAGGUUAAGGGCAAUGUCGAGGGCGACACACCCAAGGAUGUUGACCUCCUCACCUUGGAGGACAUACGCGACCAGAUUAGGCACAUUGAGAAGGCGAUUGCCACUAAGGAGUUACACUACAUAACUCGGGUCUUGCGCAGCAUUGUGCCCAUUCGUCGCAAGCUCAAUCAAAACGUCCUUCGUAGCCUUGUUCAGGCCUACUUUCCCCCGCAGUCCCCACAGUGGACUUAUUUUAUGGAGUUCCUCCCAGAGGUCGGUUUUACCUAUUACGCUAUGGAUACCGGGACAAAAUUUUCUGUCCCCAGGGUCAAAUCUCCCCGGUCUAAUGUCCCCAUUCCUCCUGAAGUAGAGGUCUACUUGCAUCUUCUACUGCUCAUCCAUCUUAUCGAUGAGGGGAAAUCAUCGCAGGCGACCAAAUGUUCAUCACUCCUGAUGGAACGCACGCAAGACGUCAAUCGACGUACCAUGGCCCUCCUGUCCAGCCGUUGCUUCUUCUAUCACGGUCGUGCUUUUGAACUCGACGGUAGACUGGAGGAGAUCAGACCGUUUUUGCAUUCUCGUUUGCGAACAGCCACGCUGAAAAAUGAGCACGAUUGCCAAGCUGUGCUGAUCAACCUUCUGUUGCGAAAUUACCUGCACUACAAUUUGCACGAUCAGGCCAACAAGCUGAUAAGUCGCGUUGAGUUUCCCGAAAGUGCUCCAAAUAAUGAAUGGGCUCGAUACCUGUACUACUUAGGUUUCAUAAAAGCUAUUCAACUGGACUACAAUGCCGCGCAUGAUCAUUUGGUGUCGGCUCUUCGCAAGGCUCCCCGACAGACGGCGGUGGGCUUUAAGCAUGCUCUGCACAAGUUGAACACCGUAGUUGAACUUCUUCUCGGUGAACAGCCGGAUCGUGGCACUUUCAGACAGCCCGAACUCAAGGCUGCUUUGCAACCAUACUUUCAGCUCACGCAGACAAUUCAUUCAGGCGACUUGGGGCAAUUUAGCCAGGUUCUCAAAAAGCAUGCCACCCAGUUUACUCGUGACAAAACCUACUCACUCAUUGUGCGUCUCCAUCACAACGUAAUCAAGACCGGUGUCAGGCGAAUUUCCCUGAGCUAUUCAAAAAUAUCACUUGCUGAUGUCGCGAACAAGCUGCAGCUCGGCGAAGCGGAUGAUGCGGAGUACAUCGUUGCAAAGGCCAUCCGCGAUGGUGUGAUGGAGGCUAUCGUGGACCGUGACCAAGGAUGCAUGAUCACGACAGAAGCCAGUGACCUUUAUUCUACCCGCGAGCCCAUGGACCAGUUCCAUCAGCGCAUUCGAUUUUGUUUGGGUAUUCGCAAUCAAGCAAUUAAGGCCAUGCGUUAUCCACCAAAGCAAUACAGCAAAGACCUGGAAUCAGCUGAGGAGCGUCGGGAGAGAGAACAGCAAGAGCUCGAAAGUGCGAAGGAAUUGUCGGAAGAGGAUUUUGAUGGAUUUCCCUGA